GGCAUCUACGGGGAUACGCAUCACAACAAGCCGAUUGAGUUAGGGCCCUGCAAACAGCUCCUACCAGACGGCGACGGGGGCGCGGAUCUUCAGCAAGCAGCUCCCGGGAGACCAACAUACAAGUUCAGAGGCCUUUAUUACUGAGGGGGGAGGGGGGUACUGGUUAGGGGACCCGGGAGACUAAGUUACUAACAGUCCAGGGUGGGUUGGGGGGGGGCAGUUCUGGCUCUGCCGAUCGGCCUCCGACCCAGGAUGGGCUCCUAGCAACCGACCGCUUAGUGCAUUAAAAAGUGGAUACUAUCUUCUUCGAGUCUUGCUUGCACAAUUUUAAGUUCAGUCUUUGGCUGUUACAAAAGGUCCUGAAGGCAAAAUUCUCAUACACUUCCUAAAAUAUUUAUGCGGAGAGUAAAACGACCAGCAAACACAUUAUUUGGAAGUCCCAGUAGUUAGUGCCUGUCAGCUUUCUGCAGGUGAGUUUUGUCUAAAGUCCCAACAGAACACAAGUAUCUCCCAUACGCAAGGCCACUUUUAUCAUGCAAAACUGGCUUCAGUCCUGAAAAGCAAGAGCUGCGACAUUCAGAGGUCGUGCUCCUAAUGUAUGUGCACGUAUAUAUAAAUAUAUACAUAUGCUCUACUUCAUAAAAUAUUUACAAUACAAUCUGUGGAGAAUUUAAACACAACAGAAAUCCAUUAAUGUACGCAGCAGAUUUUUUUAAGUAGCCUUGAAAAUCAGCUUCAGCAGUUGGAGCAGGGUUGAACUAGAAGUACUCAUGUUCUCCGUUCUCUCAAUGAAUUCUGUCAAAAUGCUCAGUGCAGAAAAUUCAGCAUUUCAAAUAUCUUCAGCUAAUCUUAAUAAUAAUAAUAAAGGAAGAAGAAACAGGCCCAGUAGAUGACACUCAGGGUACUACAGCUCUCCACAUCUGCGAACUCGCGUUUGGGGAUGUUGGCGAAGUUUGUGGCUGGUCCUGUGGUUUGGUGGGAGUUGAGCAGCCGCGGAGUCACACACACGCAAACACGCACUCUUCGGAAGUCAGCCGCUGUCUACAUCAGCUGGGUGACUCAGCCUCGACUCGGGCAGCAGCGAGACGAUCCUCCUCCACCUUCGCCCAGUGCCCCCCGGUUAGCUGUUCCGAGGCACGAACACCCACGAGCGCCGCGUAACCGCAGCAGGUGGAGCGGGCCUUGAGGGAGGGCUCUGCGGCGCAGAUCGAAACAGACCGGGCGGCUCGGAUUACACACGCACGCACACCCUGCCACGCACCCUGCCACGCACACGCAACUUCACGGCUCGCCUCGGACCACAGCGCACUUUCUCCCGCAGUUGUAAAAGGAACACAAUCGGGGAAAAGUUCACAGCCAGGGAAGAAGUUGAAAACAUCCAGCCAAGAAGCCAGUUAAUUCAAAAGGAAGAAAGAGGGGAAAAACAAAAACAAAAAAAAACAAAAAAAGGAAGGUCCAACGCAGUCCAAGGAGAAGCAGCAGAGGUUGACUUCCUUCUGGCGUCUCUAGGAGCCCCGGGAAGAAGUGCCUGGCAGCGCAGGGUCGGGCAGCGUGGUGCCCUGGCUGGGUCCGGCCGCGGGGCGCCCGUCCCGCCCGCGCCCGCUGGCUGUAUGAAUGAGAGUGCCUGGAAAUGAACGUGCUUUUACUGUAAGCCCGGCCGGAGGAAUUCCAUUCCCUCAGCUCGUUUGCAUAGGGGCGGCCGGCGGCCAAUCACAGGCCUUUCCGGUAUCAGCCAGGGCGCGGCUCGCGGCCGCCGGCUCCUGGAAUUGGCCCGCGCGCCCCCGCCGCCGCGCCGCGCGCUACUGUACGCAGCCCGGGCGGGGAGUCGGCGGCUACCCCCGCGCCCCCGCACCCACGCCCGCAUCCUGGCCCCGGGCCCCGCCCGAGUGCCGACCCCUUCCCGCAGCCACACGCGGGCUUCUGCGACUUCACGAGCGGCCGCGGUCCCGAGACCUGGGAAGAGAAAGGCAGGCCCGGGCGGCCCGAGGAGGACCCGGCCCGCGCGCCGCGCCCGGAGGGGCCGGGCCCCGAGACCAGCUGCUGGCAGGCCAGCGGCCGCCGCAAGGCUCCCGAACCGGGACUGAAGCCCGCCGGCGGCCCCAGAUCCUGCGCGGCGCCCAGGGCCAGGCCUCCGUUUCCCGGGUGGGGGUGAGAUUCGGCCGCGGGGCCCGGGGGAGUCGCUCUGCGUUCCUACACCGCCCGGCUGGCAGCUGCGGCGAAGCGGCGCUGAUUCCCUGCAUGAGGCCGGACGGCGUCCGCGCGUGUCGUUUACUUUCAGCGGCUUCCCUCGGGUCGGUUUCUGUAAAGGGUGUUUGUUUUUCACCGCUGCGUUGGGCCACGGCUCGAUCCCGCCGCGCGCCUCACCCUGGCUGCGUGCGCCAGCGGCCCGCGAGGAGUUUCCUAGUCAGAAAAGACCCCAAGAACGCGCGAAUGGAAAGAAAGUUGAAAGCAGCCUCGCAGCGCCGGCCCCCGCAAAGGCGGGACAGCCCUCCCGGGCCCCGCGUCUCCCCUCCGGCUCCCCGGAGACGGACCCCGCUCCUCUCCCCGUCCCGCGCGCGCGAGCCGCCCUAAGUGCGGAACCCACCCCGGCUUCGCGCGCGGACGGCCGCUUCCCCCUGCCUCGGUCGCCGCGGCGCCGCGGGCAUUUUCGCGGAGCUCCGAGGGCCCCGCCCCCGGCCCGGCGCGCGCGGCCAACUCCGACCCCACCC